CAUUACCGCGAAGCGAUGCAGUGUCGUGUUUACUUUUACAUCUUCUAAUGAUUGUGGUGAGGUUUUACCUAAAAAUGCAAAAGAAAUAGCUUGUAAUGGCCUCUAAGACUUCCAAAUUAACCAGUUUCAUUCGCCAGAACUAUUUAAAGAAUGAAUAUAUGUGCAUGGCUUAAAAAAAACAUAAAAUAGUCCCGAGGGCACAUCGUAAACUGGAUUGUGAUUUUUCUUUCGUACAAAACUCGGAAUAAUUAACUUUGCAAGAUCUCCAACUCAUAAGCAUCUUACAAGAAAAUCAAGUCAUGGAAUCACUCAAAGAAGAGAACAAUCAGAUGAGGAGGGAACUAAGGAUUUUACAAGAACGGCUUUCGGAACAAACAGGGUCGCAUUUUGGCGCCGAUUUUUUAAACGAGUUGUGUUCUCUUGCUGACAAUCUGCAAGAACUGCAAAACCGUUUGACCGCAAAUUCCUCAAAUGACAGCGUUCAACGCAGUAUUAACCAUGUCGAUGUCGACACCUUGAAUGAUGACAUCAGCAGAAUCAGCAGGCUGUUGCACAAUAUACUGAAAUAUGAUGGGACACAACUUUCAUCGCUAAGACAAGGUUCCAGAACAGUGGGGUCCUCCAGUAAUUCCCUCACUGAUAGUAUCACCACGCCCCUUGUAGAAGAUCUUAUAAACCUUCCUGGGCCUGUCACUGAGCAUGCCAUUUCCAGGGCCUUGCACCAGCAAGUGGCAUUUGGAAACAACAUGGUCAAGCUUGGCCCAGUACUCUUAUCAGUCAACACCUACGCCCCCCACACCCACCAGGGCGUGUUACAAAGCCCACAAGACAGGAAGUGCUUACAGAACAUUGUCAAGCAAGUACUGAGAGAAAUGUCAGACACAAGUCACCCUCAGGUCUUUGUUAUGAGUGGUUGUAAUGGCAGCGGGAAGAGCUGGCUGUCUCAUGCCUUAGUAAGACAGAUUAUGGAGGAAUCUGAGGGAGGAUUAGAUACUGAUAUUUGCAAGCAUUUCUUAGCGUCGUAUACUGUCCUGCAGUCUCUUGGUUGUUCAAAGACGGCAUCCAACUCUAACUCAACAAGAAUUGGCCAGUUAAUGGAGUUCUACUUCACAGGUGGCACAGUCAGCAAAACGAAGAUCCAGUGCUUUCCUCUAGUUGGGUCAAGGGUCACUAACCCCUCUCCUGGUGAAAGGAACUUCCACAUUUUCUAUCAGCUUCUAGCGGGAAUAACCCAGGAGGAAAGAGCCAAACUGCAUCUUCAAGGAUAUGCAGCCCAAAACCUACAGUAUCUGAACCAGAGUUCCUUGCCUAGUGACUCUGAGGAAGCAGUGCUCAGAGCAAAGUUCGAAAGGUGGAGGACAGGGCUGGCAGCUCUUACAAUCAAAUUUGAUGAUGUCCAACGAAUCCUUGCGGCAAUACUUCUACUGGGGAAUGUCCAGUUUGUUGAAGGAGAGGGAAUGGAGCUGGAUGUCAAAGGCAACAAUGAGAUCAAAGCUGUCGCAGCGUUGCUUGGGGUGUCUGGCGUCUCCUUAUAUCGAGGUCUGACCACAAAGACCAAGACCCUCCGUGGACAAGUUCUCAGAUCCCUCUGUGAUCCUGAGAUGGCAAACCAAAACAGAGACUCUCUGGCACAAGCUCUCUACCUGCGAACAGUUGCUGCCAUCGCACGUCGCAUCAACAGCUUUAAACGCCAAUCAUCACCAGUUAUAAAUGGUUCUCCACAUGGCUCCUUUGAAUCUCUGCGCACCCCUCCCCUCUCUCCUGAGGUGCUAGAUGUAACGGCAAGGGUGGGGCUCUCUGAUGGUCUCCUGAAAACACCUCCGCAGGGUACAGGCAUCCCAAACGGCACCCACAUUGGCACAUUGGUUCCAGGUGUUAGUGGUCUUGUGUCUGUUAUGGAUAUGUUUGGAUUUGAGAAUUGCGAGGUGAAUGGCCUAAAUCAGAUAUGUGUCAAUCUGUGUGCAGAGACAAUCCAACAUUUUUACAACACACGCAUCUUUAAAACCACAGAGGAAUAUUGCAGGGAAGAGGGCCUUCUGUCAGAAUUGGACUUAGACUAUAUUGAUAAUGCUGCUUGUAUAGAGCUGCUCACUUGCCAGAGUGCUGGUGUUUUGACACUGAUGGACAAAGAGUGCUUACUUGCAAAAGGCUCCCAAGAAGAGUUUUUACAAGAGGUCCGUGACCAUCACUCGGACAGUGAAUGGUUCUUUGACCCUGAUCCUAAUAGUACUGCGUUUGGAGUGUGUCACUAUGCAGAUAAUGUUGUUUAUGAAACAGAGGGUCUGCUUGACAAAAAUCGUGACACCAUCCCUGAUGAUAUCAUCUGCGUUUUUUCAAGACAGAACUGCAGCUUUGGCUUCGCCACCCAUCUGUUCAUGAGUGACUUGAGGACAACUCAAGGACAGGCGGCAUCCCCCAAGGGGGUACUCCACAGGAUUUCACCCAGCCAGGGACAGGAUUCUGGAAGCUCACCAAGUAUUGCCGACCUGGGGCUAACCACAUUCUACCAGGACGUCCAGAGCAAGUUAGAUGGGCUGGUGAAGACGCUGGUCCAGGCUCGCCCUUGGUUCAUCAGAUGUAUCCGUGGAAAUGCCCGCGAGGAGCCUGCCAGGUUUGACCGCAACACUGUCAAUCAACAACUGAGGGCGCUACAGGUCUUUGAGACGCUUCAGAUGCUACAGUCAAGUUUUGCCAAUCACGAGAAAUUCCAGUAUUUCAUCAGCAGAUAUGGCUUCCUGUGUCCGAGCAGGAUCAUAGGACACGAAGAGUCUGGGGCUGAGGAUUGCAAGAACAUUCUGGAGUCAGUGCUGAGUGCUGGUGAUGUCUCCAUGGCAACGCACUUGUUUGGUUCUUACGCAUUAGGGAAGAAUUACGUCUUCUUCAGCGAGCCAAUGAAAGUACAGCUUGAGCUCAGGCAUGACAAAUGGAGAGAGUCCGCUGCUAUCACCCCGCAGGCGCAUAGCAUGGCUGCUAAUAUCAAACACUCCCGUCCCCCUUCUGUUCCUACCGACAAGGAGUUGCGAGUGGACACGAAAACUGCUGAAGAAACUUGUUGUCUCUACGGUCUCGAUAUGACUGCACCACCGCCAGUGCCCAAGAGUCGACUUUACACCAUACAAGGGAACAUGAAGAUGGGGUUCCCUCAAACUCGAAUAAUGAAACAGGACUUUACAGGGGGCAGUAGUGAAGUUCUUUUUCACAAGGGCGAGGUAGUCAAGGUUUUGAGUGCCUCACGCAAGCGAGGGUAUCUCAUUGCUGAACACAAGAAUGGCUCCAACAUACCCAUUCCCCAUCAGCUGAUGGAACUCAAGUCGUCGCCAACACCGUCACCUAGGUGACAGCCUUCACAAACACUGGCUCCUAUAGGUAACCUCUUUUUUACCACACUGUCACCUAGGUAACAGCCUUCGAUUUCACCGUUUCCUAGGUAAUAGCCAUCACUCGCAAAGUAAUACUGUUCUUAUAGGUUCCUGACAUUGCUUGAAAAUUGUUAUGCAAUGCUUUGGUCACUGGUGUUGAUAUGAAUGUAGUCAGAUUUAUUUAUAUUAUCUAAGAAAAAUCGUAAGAAAAAAACAAAGAAAAUGUGUUUUCUUGGUCCGCAAGACAACUUAAACUUCGUGCGAAAUACUACGUAAUGGAGAAAAUGGCUUAUAAACGGUAUUUAACACUUUUUUUUGGGAAAAGCCACGCCAAAAUGUAGUCUAAGAAACAUUAGAAUAGAAAAGUUAGUAAAAGCUUUUGAUUUUGAAUCAGUAAUUUCACUUACAAUUACAUCAUACUCUCUUGCAUAAAUUUAUGAUUCUAAUGUAAAUCUUAGCUAUUAAUAUAUUCCUGACAAAUUUAUAACCAUAGAAUAUGUAAUGCUAAUAAAAGUUUUUCACUUUAAA